UCGAGUCGGCGAACGGGAGCGCGCGUAGCCGGGAACGGUGGCGGUGGGAGCGGCGGCAGGAGCAGGAGUUGCUGCCUCCUCCUGCUGCUGCUGCUGCUGGUGCUGCGAGGUCUCAGCCGUGCGGGAAGAUGCUGCACGCCCAACUCCCCGCCUGAGGGGGGUAGCAGCCGCCGCCUCCGUCCCCAGUUUUUCCCCCGGCCGGCAUUGCCGCCGUCGCCGCUUUUGCUGCCAGAGGAGGAGAACGACCAUACAAAGCCUUCUUCCUGGCAUGGAGCUGCUGCUGCUGCUGCUGAUGCUACUGGAGGAGCUGGAGUGAGUGAGGGCGAGCGAAGAAGGCUUUGCUGAGGGCGGCUGCAUGGAUGGAUGUGUUUAGCUUUGUCAAGAUUGCCAAGCUCUCCGGCCACAGAACCAAGUCUUCAGGCUGGCCUCCUCCUUCAGGAUCCUGGACCUUGAACCAGGGAUCUUCCUAUGGAUGGGAGAUGACGGCAAACAGAGAUGGGAGAGACUACUUCAUCAAUCACAUGACACAAUCUGCCCCUUUUGAUGACCCGCGAAUAGACAGCUGCCAAAUUACACCUCCAGCCCCUCGGAAAGUGGAAAUGCGGAGAGAUCCGGUGCUGGGAUUUGGUUUUGUAGCGGGCAGUGAGAAGCCGGUGGUGGUGCGCUCUGUAACGCCAGGGGGCCCCUCUGAAGGAAAACUUAUUCCAGGAGAUCAGAUCAUAAUGAUUAAUGAUGAGCCAGUCAACACUGCUCCAAGGGAAAGAGUCAUCGACCUUGUCAGGAGCUGCAAAGAAUCAAUCCUCCUUACUGUUAUUCAGCCUUACCCCUCUCCUAAAUCAGCAUUUAUCAGUGCUGCAAAAAAGGCCAGAUUGAAGUCCAAUCCUGUUAAAGUGCGAUUCUCAGAAGAGGUGAUUAUUAAUGGCCAAGUGUCAGAAACAGUAAAAGAUAAUUCACUUCUUUUCAUGCCAAAUGUUCUGAAGGUGUACCUUGAAAAUGGGCAAACCAAAUCUUUUCGCUUUGAUUGCAGUACUUCAAUAAAGGAUGUCAUCUUAACACUUCAAGAAAAACUCUCCAUUAAAUGUAUUGAACAUUUUUCAUUGAUGCUGGAGCAGAAAACCGAUGGGUCUGGAACCAAACUUCUUUUGCUACAUGAACAGGAGACUCUAACUCAGGUGACCCAGAGACCAAGCUCCCAUAAGAUGAGGUGUCUCUUCAGAAUCAGUUUUGUCCCAAAGGAUCCCAUUGACCUUUUACGAAGGGAUGCCGUUGCCUUUGAAUAUCUAUAUGUGCAGAGCUGUAACGAUGUGGUUCAGGAGCGGUUUGGACCUGAGCUGAAAUAUGACAUUGCACUGAGACUGGCUGCAUUACAAAUGUAUAUUGCCACUGUGACCACAAAACAUACACAGAAAAUCUCUCUGAAAUACAUUGAAAAAGAAUGGGGACUGGAGACUUUUCUUCCUUCUGCUGUACUGCAGAGCAUGAAAGAAAAGAACAUAAAGAAAGCGCUUUCACAUCUUGUCAAAGCAAAUCAAAACCUAGUUCCUCCAGGUAAAAAGCUAUCUGCUCUGCAAGCCAAGGUACAUUAUCUCAAGUUUCUCAGUGACCUACGACUUUACGGGGGCCGUGUAUUCAAAGCAACGUUAUUGCAGGGAGAAAAACGUUCUGAAGUGACCUUGUUAGUGGGGCCACGAUAUGGCAUCAGCCAUGUGAUCAAUACCAAAACAAACCUGGUAGCCCUGCUGGCAGAUUUCAGCCACGUGAACAGAAUCGAGAUGUUUACAGAAGAUGAAACUAUUGUUCGAGUUGAGCUGCACGUGCUGGAUGUAAAACCAAUCACUUUGCUGAUGGAGUCAUCGGAUGCCAUGAAUCUUGCUUGUUUAACAGCCGGAUACUAUAGACUUCUUGUUGAUUCAAGGCGAUCAAUAUUUAACAUGGCCAGCAAAAAUAAUGGUGGAAUACACGAAAUGGGGAAUGAAACUAAAGGAAAGCACAACCUUCAUGGGUCAGAAUGGAGCUGUGUGGCAAAAACAACAACAUUCCCUGCAGAAGUAGAGCAGGAGGCACAUGUGUGUAUAGACUCAAAACAGAAAAUGGCCGAGGUCUGUGACAACGCCUUGUAUUCAAAAGAACCCAGGCACUUGUACAUAGAGGAUGUCUAUAGUUCGAGUGGUCUUGAUCAGCAUCGGGACAAGCAAAGUGACUCUGUAGAGGCCGAAGAAAACCGAAGUUUAAGUGAGCAGUCUGUGCUGUCAUACUCCGGAGGACUGGAAUCCAGUAAGAAAACACAAGGCUCUCCAAGAGCAGCAAAAGUAUCCUUUAUAUUUGGAGAUCACAGUUUGGAUGGUAUUAACCCCCAAACUCUUGGCUAUGAAAGAUUAUUGGAUGAAAGUCCAGAAGCAUUAGAAAAGCAAAGAGCACUUUAUUUAAGCCAUGCCAAUGACAUUAAGGGCUUGGAGUUGUCCCCAGAUGCCGAAAGCAUUCAGUUUGCUACUAAUUCUGUUUAUGCAGGCUUAAAUGAUGGCAAAAUUUUUGAAGCUGCUGAAGGAAUUGAGGAGCCAUUGCUGCAUGAUAUUUGCUAUUCAGAGAACACAGAUGAUGCUGAAGAUGAAGAUGAAGUAAGCUGUGAGGAAGACAUCAUGGUAGGAGAAAUCAACAGGCCCACUCUUCUGAGCCUUUCAGGUUCUAGUGAUGACAUCAUAGACUUGACCUCUCUCCCACCCCCAGAAGGGGAUGAUAAUGAAGAUGACUUCCUCUUGCAUUCUCUGAACAUGGCCAUUGCUGCUCCCCCACCUGGAUUUAGGGAUAGCUCUGAUGAAGAAGAUUCUCAGAAUCAUACAACACACUACAGGGAAGACAAGGAAGAAACAAACAACAUAGGGAGUGGUGACAUUCCAGUGUCACUUAUUGAUGCUGUCCCUACUACUAAUACUGAAGGAAAAUGUGAAAGAGGGCUAGAUGAUGCUGUGGUUUCCACUCUUCAAGCACUGGAGGCCUUGGCUGCUUCUGAGGAGCAACAGACAAGGGACAAUUCAGGUGUAGCCAUCUUGAGAGCAUAUAGUCCUGAAUCCUCAUCUGAUUCUGGCAAUGAGACUAAUUCCUCUGAAAUGACAGAAAAUUCAGAACUGGCCACAGCACAGAAGCUGACAGAAAAUGCGACACGUAUGUUUUUGCCCACACAUGAGGGUUACCAGCCACUUGGGGAGCCCCAGUCUGACUUCUCCCUCACCAAGAACCAGCCUGGGGGACUGCUAAUGAAGUCUGUACAGUCAUCAGCUAAUCAGCAAGUGGCAGAGCUCCAGACCAAAGGUGUGCCUUCAAAGCAGAUUCUCCAUUCAGAUAACAUGGAGAUGGAACCAGAAACCAUGGAAACAAAAUCUGUUACGGAAUAUUUUAGCAAGCUGCACAUGGGGUCUGCAGUGUAUUCUUGCACGACUAAACGGAAAAAUAAGGCAGCGGAUGGAGAAAGUAAACCAACUCCUGAUGGCAAUGUUGUUAUGAAAAAACAGCAGGGGGCUAAAAAAACAGAGACUGAUGAACAGAAGGAUAAAAAUAGUAUGCUCUCCUCACGGGAGAGUCAGCGCAUAAGCACUUUUAAUGUUGAGAGAACUGCCUUUCGCAAGGAUGGCCAAAGAUGGUAUGCUCCUUCUGACGAGGGAGCAGUAGAGAAACCAAAUUCAGAGGCAGUGACUGGAAAGACAGUUCCAAGGGUUUCCAGUGUUGGGAAAAUGGAAGUGGAUAGUAAAGUUGAUGUGCAUCCCGAGGUUGACCACAGUGGUCUUCUAGGGCGUGGGCCAGAGGAACAUUUUGGGUCAGAAGGGACUCCUCUGUCUUCACCCAAAGACCGAAAUGGUUCUGAAGAAGUCAGCUUAGCUGUGGAGGGCCACCUGUCAAAGCUUCCAGAAGCAGAGCAGGGUGUGACUCGGUUAUGCGAGUAUCACUUAGCUAAGCGCAUGUCGUCGCUGCAGAGCGAAGGCCAUUUUUCCCUCCAAAGUUCUCAGUGCUCAUCAGUGGACGCAGGAUGCAGCACUGGCAGCAGCACGUGUGGAACCCCAGUUGACUCUCCUCUUUGUAGCUCUGACCCGAAGCACAUUAUGCCUGACUCAGCAGGGAAAGGCCUUGGCUAUAUACCUGCGGACGAAAGAGCCGCCAUGCUUCCCAACCAUGGAGCACCCUACAAGGAUCUGCAUCCGCAGUCUGAAACUGUGUGCCACAGAACGACAGUGCCUGUUAUGCAUUCAGCAGUUAAUUCUGCUGACCCCUUAUUUGGCACUUUGAGAGAUGGCUGUCACAGGAUUCCCAAGAUUAAGGAAACUACAGCUUUCACAGAACCUGUGACCGGAAGACAAGGAGGCAUGCCUUCUGCUUUUCCUAACCAGCCCGGAGCUGAUUCCAUCAUGCUAUCAUCCCACAUUCACUCUGAAACAAAGGUGCCAAGUCAAAACCAAGACUCUUCUAAUGUUCCCAAAGUCAACCAGUCAGGUGGGGUAGUGGUUAGUUUACGGCCAUAUGAUACAAUAGGGGGGAGCCUCAGAAUGCCGCACAACAGGAAAGUGUUGCGACGUAGCAGCAGUGUCGUUGCAGCCACUACAGGCAUUGAGAUGUUCCUGGAGAAGGAGAAAGCAGCUGCCAGUGCGUUAAGUGCAGAAGGCCUCAGAACAGAUUACUCAGGAGCAGAAAAAAGAGGAGAGCUUCCUCUGGGCAAAGUGCUAUCGAAAAGUUAUUCGCAAAGUUCUGUGAAUGUCAGCAUGAGUGUCAAAAGAGGUUCUGUCCCCAUGCAGAGGGAGUCCAAGCAGUACCGAACACUGCCCUUACGGAAGCUGGAGUCUAGCAACUGGAAAUGCCGCGGUCCCUUUAGCUAUUGCUUCCUAAAGAGGGGAGAUGGGGAAGACGAGGACGACGACGCUGAACAGAGAGAUGGGACUGAGCUCUCAUGCCUGUAUAGUCCUGAAUUACAGGGCGAAGUAGCAGAUUGCACUACUCCUUCCUCUUCCACGGAAAAUGGAGAAAAGGAGGGAAAAGGUACGGAGGCCCCUGGAAAUACAGAAAAGAAUCCAAGCAAGAAGAGCCAUUUUGAAGUCAAGGAUGGUAGAACUGAUGUGAAUCUCAGUGACAUGUCCUUCGAAGCACGAAUUGCGAGACUCGGUGAAAUGAAGGAGAAGAAUUACGCAGUGCCUGAUGGGUUUCUUGCAGCACAAAAGGAUGCCAAUGAGCUACUCUAUUUGGUCCGAUCGAGUGCGGGGAAGCAGGAGGAUAAUCCAGAAACAUAUGACCUUAAACUUUCUCAGUGCAAACAACUCUUAUCUGUAGAAUCAAGACAGUUGGGAAGUGCCUGCAGGAAAAUGGCCAUGGCUGAAAAAAGCCCAGAGGAUAUGCUUGUAGCAGUGACCUCUAGCUUUCAAGUACUCUGUUGCUUAACAGAAGCCUGCAUGCGUUUAGUUAAAAUCAUGAACUCUGAAACACAGCAGGAGGAAAUUGUAGCUAAAAUAGAUGAGGUGGUAAUAAACUACAUCGGUCUCCUGAAGGCUGCAGAAGCAGCAUUUGGCAAAUCCUCCAGUGACUAUAGCGUUAAACUUUUGGCUCGUCAUUCGACAACCAUGGCCACUGUUGUAAGCACACUAACACGUUCUCUUAAAAUGCUUUUAAAUAAAUAAACAGAAGUCACUUCAUAAUC